AUGUCCAAAUUUUAUGCGCUAGCCCCAACAGACAAGACUGGGAAGCCAUUUGAGUUCUCACAAUUGGAGGGCAAGGUUGUCCUCAUCGUGAAUGUUGCAUCUAAAUGUGGGUUUACGCCUCAAUACAAGGAACUUCAGGAACUUUACAAGAAAUACAACCCCCAAGGAUUGGAAAUCAUUGGUUUCCCAUGCAAUCAAUUCGGUCACCAAGAACCGGGCACAGACAGUGAGAUUGGUCAAUUCUGUCAGGUCAACUACGGUGUGACUUUCCCUAUCAUGAAGAAAGUGGACGUGAAUGGUUCUGACGAGGACCCCGUGUGGGCGUACUUAAAAAGUCAGAAAUCUGGUCUUCUUGGCUUUAAGGGCAUCAAGUGGAAUUUUGAGAAAUUCUUGGUUGACAAAAAGGGUAACGUCCAUGAGAGAUACUCUUCGCUCACCAAACCUGCAAGCUUAGAAAAUACCAUUGAGGAGUUGUUGUCCCAAUGA